UGCGUGUCGCUUGACUACAGAUGCGUUCAGGGGAAGAGGCUUGACAGCUUCAGCUGUGUCCGGGGUCCAAGCUUUCUUUCAUCCAACGUUCAACCACGAUGGCACAGGUGAGAGCCAGCAGUCGCCUUUAACGUUCCGCAGAGAUGGAGGACGACCUGCUGUCGGAGGACGACGUCUUGCUGUGGUCAGAAAAAGAGUUCCAUGAUGCCGCAAGAAGGAACGACACAGGGAGAAUGCAGGAACUAAUCAAGAAGGGUGUGGAUGUAAAGGCCAAAAAUAAAAUAGACAGGACGGCGCUGCACUGGGCAGCGGGAGCAGGGAAUGAACAGGCUCUACGUCUGCUACUGGACCAUGACACUGAAGUAGAUGAGAGGGAUGUUUUUGGCAUGAAUGCUCUGCUGUUGGCAUCGUGGUUCGGCCACCUAAAGAUCCUGCAAAUCCUGGUGUCCUACGGAGCAAAGAUCAACUCUGAAAACAAGGAAGGUCUCAGCAUGCUGCACUGCGCUGCCCAGCGAGGCCACAUCACAGUAUUGGAAUUCAUCAUGGAAGACCUGGAAAACAUCUGUCUGGACAGAGUUGACAAGUCGGGGAAGACGGCCCUUCAUCUGGCUGCUGAAAACGGACACUUUGAGGUGGUGGAGUUUCUGAUUGGAAUGGGCUGCACGCAUGGUUUGAAGGACAAGGAUGAGAACACGGCCGCGCAUCUGGCAGCGCAGCGUGGCUUCACGGAGCUCCUUCAGAUGCUGCUGGAGACUGGAGUGGAGGUGGAUGAGGUGAACAGGGAAGGUCUCACAGCGUUGCACCUGGCGGCCGAUGGAGGUCACUGUGAGUGUGUCAAACAGCUGCUAGACUCUGGCUGUAAUGUCAAUGCGCAGACGAACAAGCAGGUGACCGCUCUUCAUUACGCGGCCCAGCGCGGCUUCGACAGGACGGUCUCCUUGCUCCUUGACGCAGGAAUCAGCAUCAACGCAGUAGACAGUCAACACAACACAGCGCUCCACUUAUCUGUGUUCAACAAUCACACUGAGGUGGUCCGGCAGCUUGUCAACGCCGACUGCGAUCUGAACAUCACCGAUAAAAGAAAGCAGACAGCUUUGCACAUAGCAGCGGAGCAUGGCUGGCAGGACCUGGCUGAGAUGAUGCUGAUAUCUGGUGUUAACCUCAAUCUGACAGAUAAGCAGGGUAAAACGUGUGUGGAGGUGGCGGCCAGAGGAAACCAUGUGAUUCUGGUUGAUAUGAUCAUCAAAGCAGAUCGAUUUUAUAAAUGGGAGAAGGAUCACAUGGAUGGUGGGCAGGAUUCCUGGGUCAGACCUCUGAGCUUCAAGCAGGACCGCCAACCAGAGACGCAGCACAUCCGCUCUGUCCUGUGGAGCCUGGCCACAAAGCAUCUUUGCCGUGGGGAGUGGAAAAUCCUGGCACAACACUGGGACUUCAGUGAUGCGCAUAUACGAGCCAUAGAACAACAGUGGACGGGUAUGAAAAGCUACAAAGAGCACGGCCACCGCAUGCUGUUGAUCUGGCUCCAUGGAGUGGCGACUGUGGGGGAGAACCCAAUCAAAGGCCUGUAUGAGGGGCUGGUGGAGAUCUCACGCACAGAUUUGGCAGAGUGUAUCCGGCAGAAGGCCAACGCAGAGACCAGCUCUCCCAAGAUGUGCUCUGCAAUGUGAUCCGCACGGAGUGAGGAUGACGGCAACACAAGAAAAACCAAGGGUUCGGUUCACAUCAGAGUCAUACGUGGGUGUGAUCUGUUUACACAUUCACAAUGAACUGUGAUUGUUCACAAAGCAUUAAGUUGUGACAAAGGUGGAUAUAAAUGACCGAUUUUCAUUACUGAUGCAUUAGAAAACACCAGCUGCCAACACUUAUAUUGUGAUGUACUGGUGUAUUUGUGCUAACAUAACAUCUUGUACAAUUGAGAGCUGUACUAUAUAUAUAUAUAUAUAUAUAUAUAUAUAUAUAUAUAUAUAUAUAUAUAUAUAUAUAUAUAUAUAUAUAUAUAUAUAUAUAUAUAUAUAUAUAUGCAAUAUGCAAAAAAAUUAGUGCAAGGAAGAGAGGCAAAGAUAGUCCAUUUUGCUCCAGCCAUCCCACUCCCUGCACACUGCACAGUCCUUCAGCUAUUAGUCAUUAUCUUCAUUAGUUAUAAAUAUUGUAUUGUAUAUUUUAAGUUGGUCAAGUGUUCUCCACAGAUGACUGAUAUUAACAUGCCUGCUGAUGCGUGUAGGACUUUGUUCACUUUGUUGUGUUUGAUUUAAAAUGGUGCUAUAUGAAUAAACUUGGUUCAGCACUUUCACAUCUGAACUGCACUGUAGAUAUCUGUGAGGGAAUCAAUCAACAACCACAUAUGGGCAUUCAAAAUUAAACCUACCAGCAUCUCUGGUUUAUGAACUGUUGUGCUCUGGUUUAGUGGCCUUAAUGAAGUAUUGUACUUUUAGAGUCUAACACAGUUAUUCGUCAGUUUGAUGACAGACGCUUCUCCAUGAGAAACAUAAGGAAACCAAUCUGUUUAAAACCACCCUCCACAUCAAAUGAGGAGGUAUAUUUGUGCAUGCUCAGCUGUUGAUGUCACAAAUUUAACUGUCACAAAGUUAAGGCAUGGAUUCAACUUGAUGUUUUUGUCCACAUGAAAUGUGUGUGGAUUAUGGAGAAAUGGUACAGUGUAUUAUGUUGUACCAAUACACUGCAUAUACUGUACUUUAUCUCAUAAAUACAUAUUUUAAAUGAUCA